CCGGUGCGAGCCGUCGAGCCCCGCCCGCCGGGUGUCCCCGGCCGCCCCCGCCGCCCGCACCAUGUCCGACGCUCCCCGCAUCCCCGGGGACGUCUGCAGCCUCUUGGCAGAUGUUGAAACAUUUGUUUCCCAAACACUAAAAGGAGAAAAUCUAUCCAAGAAAGCAAAAGAAAAGCGUGAAGCUCUUCUUAAGAAGAUAAAGGAUAUUAAGACAAGCUAUCCUCAGGAAUUCCCGGAGAAAGAGCUGGAAGAUGAGGAAGAGUCAGAGAACUCUCUUUCUUCGCCUCCUGAUAGCGUCUCAAUAGCAUCUGACCGAUAUGAUAAAGAGGAUGAAGCCCCUUCUGAUGGCAAUCAGUUUCCUCCCGUUGCAGCUCAGGAUCUUCAGUUUGUUCUGAAGGCUGGAUACCUGGAAAAACGUAGAAAAGACCACAGUUUUCUUGGCUUUGAAUGGCAGAAGCGUUGGUGUGCUAUCAGCAAGACAGUCUUCUAUUACUAUGGAAGUGACAAAGACAAACAACAGAAAGGUGAAUUUGCCUUAGAGGGCUACACCAUCAGAAUGAAUAAUAGCCUUCGGAAGGAUGCGAAGAAAGAUUGUUGUUUUGAAAUCUCUGCUCCAGAUAAGCGCAUUUAUCAGUUUACAGCUGCCACUCCCAAGGAAGCAGAGGAAUGGGUACAGCAAGUCAAAUUUGUAAUUCAAGAUACAGGAUCUAAUGCUAUUCCUGAAGAGGAGGAAGAGGAAUAUGAUGAUGUUGGACAAGCGAACAGUGACGCAAUAGAUGAUAGCAUUUACGAAGAAGUUAAAGAAGAACGUCUUUCUUCAAAAGCUGAAAGGUCAAGCAAUGAGAACCAGGAGGAAGUUACCACUGUUUCAGAUAGCGAAAAUACCGAUUAUGCCAAUUUCUAUCAAGGUUUGUGGGACUGCACAGGAGAUGAAGCUGAUGAGUUGACAUUUAAACGUGGUGACGUUAUCUACAUUAUCAGCAAGGAGUACAAUAGAUUUGGCUGGUGGGUAGGAGAAAUGAAGGGAACCAUUGGCUUGGUGCCUAAAGCCUACAUAAUGGAGAUGUAUGAUAUUUGAGAGGCCUGGGAGAAAUCUGCACUUGAAAUGAAGAGUGGUGUGCAGCUGCAGUUUACAGAGCCAGCCUCUGGAAGACGAUUCUGCUGUACAUGUUUUGCGGUUUCAGCGAAUGUAGUCAGAUCGUUGCCUCGUGAACAUUAAACAUUAUAAACUGUAAUUGAUCAUAACUUUAUGGAAAUGGUCUGCUUAGCCACUUCUUAUAGAAUUUUAAUGCUAGGAAAUUAAUAGAUGGUAAUUAUCAUAUGGGGCACAAGCAGCCGUAUAGUGCCUGUUGCUCUUUUUUAAACAUGUCAGCAGCACUCUGUAUAGCUGUAGGUUUGGGCUCUCUCAGGGAAUUUUGCUAUCUUUUCCUGUUCUGCAGAUUCAGAAAAAUUACGCAGAGCUUUGAGGGUAAACUCUUACUCAAUUCAUGCAUGCAUUAACCUUUUAAUGCUCACUGUACAUCUUAUGCAGUUGAAUCAGAAAGUUGAGGGAAAUUUAUGUAUAUUUCAGGUCUUCGGGGUAUUCUGUUUCCAGAUGUUUUCAAGUUAUGCUUUAGCCAAUGAUAAAUUUUUUCUCAUGUAUUUAGUAUCGUAUUGUUAAUUACUUCUUUGUUGACGCAGAAUGAAGAUUUGAUUAUUUUGCUGAUGUAAUAAAUGCGCCUGUGUGGUAA